AACGCUGCUCUGGCCAGCCUGCUCCACAAAAAGAUAGGCAAUAUUGUCAAGGCCAAUCAGAAACUUAACACGCUCAAGUCAGAAUUUGCUCUGGAAAUAGUGACCUGGUCGAAUAACUUCAACAACACUGAAAUAAUUGCCAUGAUCAAAGAGUUCAACAGCUUAAUGUCAACACAAUUGACUUCAGAAACUAACCACUUGGAAAAACUCGACAAGAUCAAGAUCAGUCUUGCACUGGUCAAUGAGAGAGAAAAGAAGCAAAAAGAGCUUUUAAGCUCCAGAUCCAGACAACUUAAAAUACUCAAAGAUAAUGAAACCAAACAUGGGUUGAAUGCCAAUACUACGACUUUGGCUAGCGAAAGGUUGGAAGAGAUUAACGGAAACUUGGAAGUAGUUUCCAGACAGCUUAUUCGUGCAAUAGAGCACGACUUGAGAGACAGCUUUAUUGAGUACAUUUGUUCGUUACAAAUCCAUCUCAAGAAGGCUCAAGAUGCCAGUGGAGACUGUGGGAAGUUUCUCCAGAAUAUGUCAUUAUCAACGGAUUUGCCUGGUUCAACUGUUAGACCCAGUGGA